UCAGCACAUCAUACUGCAAAGUCUUUAGUUGAAUCGAGUUCUGUCAGCGGGACAGUCUCUUCCUGUUCUGUUUUAGUAAGUUCUAGAAGGUGUAGGAUAUUUCUGAAACUAAGGGAGCAGAAAUGGAAAAGGUAAAUGAGUUAAAGGAGAAGGGAAACAAAGCACUAAGUGCAGGAAACCUUGAUGAAGCUGUGAAGUACUACUCUGAAGGAAUUAAGCUCGAUCCAAAGAACCAUGUUCUUUAUAGCAACAGGUCUGCAGCAUAUGCAAAGAAAGGAGAAUAUCAAAAAGCAUAUGAAGAUGGCUGCCGAACCGUAGAGUUAAAACCUGACUGGGGAAAGGGAUAUUCAAGAAAAGCUGCUGCAUUAGAAUUUCUUAAUAGAUUUGAAGAUGCCAAGAAAACAUACAUAGAGGGACUAAAACAUGAACCAGGGAAUCAGCAACUUAAAGAUGGCCUGCAAAAAGUGGAAUCCAGGUUGUCAGCAAGAAAAUCAGCUGUGUACUUUGAGCAAGGUGAUUAUAGUAAAUGCCGUGAGCUGUGUGAGCAAGCCGUUGAAGUUGGCAGAGAAAACAGGGAGGACUACCGACAAAUAGCAGCAGAGAAGUUGAUAAAAGAGCAGGAGAGGCUGGCAUAUAUUAAUCCAGAAAUCGCAUUGGAAGAGAAAAACAGAGGAAACGAAUGCUUUCAAGCAGGAAAUUAUCCGCAAGCCAUGAAACAUUAUACAGAAGCCAUAAAACGCAACCCCGAUGAUGUCAAAUUAUACAGCAACAGAGCAGCGUGCUAUACUAAACUGUUGGAAUUUCAGCUAGCAUUGAAGGAUUGUGAGGAAUGCAUUCGUUUGGAUCCUUCUUUCAUAAAGGGUUAUACCAGGAAAGGAGCUGCUUUGGAGGCCAUGAAAGAUUUCUCUAAAGCCAUGGAGGUGUAUCAGAAAGCUCUUGAACUGGACGCCAAUUGCAAGGAAGCUGUGGAUGGUUGUCAGCGCUGCAUGAUAUCUCAGUAUAACCGGAAUGACACCCCUGAAGAAGUAAAACGUCGGGCAAUGGCUGACCCUGAAGUGCAACAGAUAAUGAGUGACCCAGCCAUGAGGCUCAUCUUGGAACAAAUGCAGAAGGAUCCUCAGGCUCUCAGCGACCACCUGAAGAAUCCAGUAAUAGCACAGAAAAUCCACAAACUGAUUGAUGUUGGUUUGAUUGCAAUCCGGUGAUUAAUUUAUGAAAGAGCCACUAUUCGAGGAAAACACUGUAAAUGGGACACUUCAUGCCAAUUAAACUGUUCCAGAAAGUGGAGCAAAACUGCAUCAUGUACAGCAUCUUAUCCUCCUCUCAGGUCACACCUCCACCAUCUGUGGCCUAGCCACAUUAGGUGCUUGAUGUACAUUUUAUAGCAACAUGCUGUGAAGUUUUACUGUUAACAAUAAGUUGAAAGUUUUUUGCAGACAUGUUGAGGUGUGGAGGAGUUAGGCAUGUUGCAGUCUGUGGUUAUGAAAUUGCAUAUUACACUGCAUGCUGACAAAGUGAAAUAAACAUCAACCUACAUAGUU